CCACACAAACGGGCUCGAAAGCGCGAGAGAGAGUGAGCCAGCCAGGAGUGAAUAAUGUUUACCACUCGCUCUGUGGAAUCUAUCAGGAGUCGAAACUUUAGUCAGGUUUUUCCGUAUUAAUUUCACCCGAAAGCCUUAUUCAAACUGCAACCGAUCAAAAUCAUCACUAUUAAGGAUAUAUCAGCGGCUGGAUCGACUGAAUGAAACCAUGAGGAAUAAAAAACACGGCGGUUGUCGCGAUCUAAACUAACGUGACUAUCGAUCCAGCAGAGGCAAGCUUUUGAAAACGCCGAGCCAGGUACUUCAACGGUCAGUUUUCCUUGCGGGUUUACCUGUGCUUACGUGGCACCUUUUUUGACCUGGAGACUUGUUGUAAAAAAUCCCGUUUUAGGCUUUUUAUUCACUUUUAUCGUGGCGAUGUGAUGUAUUUUCCAGAGGUUUAGUAAGUUGCGUGGCCGGGACUAGUUUACUUGCGCCGGGCAGCCAAUCAGCGGAAUAACACUUUCUAUUUUGCGUUAAUUUAUCCUCAUUUGCCUUGUCCACACGACAACCUUCAAAUACAGCCUCGUACUGAACCCUUCAGAUACUGACAGCGGGUUUCGAGACGAGCUUUCAUACGGAGGAUAAGUGUCAACGCUGCUCGUGUUUUGGGGUGGUAAAAUGGAUGCGGGAAUGGAGAAGGAGUGCAGCGCUUUGGGAGGGCUCUUCCAAAUCAUCAUGAACGACAUGAAGGCGAGUUAUCCUGCUUGGGAGGACUUUGUCACCAAAGGCGCUAAGCUGCAAUCUCAGUUAAGGACAACAAUCAUCGUCACUAGCUCAUUCCUGGACGCUUUCCAGAAAGUGGCUGACAUUGCAACUGGAACACGAGGAGCGACGAAAGAGAUUGGAUCAGCUUUGACCAGGAUGUGUAUGAGACACAGAAGCAUUGAGAACAAGCUCAAACUGUUCACCACAGCUCUCAUGGAUAACUUGAUCACUCCUCUGGAACUGAAAAUUGAAGAGUGGAAGAAGGUUGCCAGUCAGCUGGAUAAAGACCAUGCCAAAGAAUAUAAGAAGGCACGCGCAGAUAUCAAGAAGAAAUCUUCAGACACCAUUAAACUGCAGAAGAAAGUUAAAAAGGGUAAAGGCGAGGUGCGGAUGCAGUUGGACAGCGCUCUUCAGGACGUCAACACGCGCUAUGCCGUGUUAGAGGAGACAGAGAAGAGAGCUGUGUGUCGAGCUCUUAUAGAGGAAAGAGGAAGAUUCUGCUCAUUUGUCACGAUGCUUAAACCUGUCCUGGAUGAAGAGAUAAGCAUGCUUGGGGAAGUCACCCACUUACAGACAAUUCUAGAAGAUCUUGGAAACCUGACGGCUGAUCCCAACACACUGCCCCCUGCUAGUGAACAGGUUAUUCUUGAUCUGAAAGGCUCAGACUACAGCUACUCCUAUCAGACUCCACCCGCCUCUCCUAGCAACACUUUAUCACGCAAGAGCAGCAUCAGUAGUAACUACACCUCUGUGCGUCAUGUCCCGUCUCUGGACUCCAUCUCCAGCGCAGUGGACGGGCUUCACCUGCGAGCCCCAGACCCAACACGGCGCUCACGCAGUCCUCUCCUCCUGGUCGGAGGGGAGGAAGGUGCUCGCUCUCUCAGUGAGGGGAAUUCUCCAACAAUCCCUCGCACCGGCCAGCGUGGCCCACACCACCGGCACAGGAGCACUGAUCAAGGCCAGAACUCUCCUAGCACAGAGAACGGGACCUCCAUGCCCCCACUACACAAAGCUUACAGCGGAUAUGAGGAAAAACCCAGGACACUGUCCAUGUCUGGCAAGCCACAGUCAGCCAGGGAGCAUCUGGGUCUCACUCUCGGAGGCGGGCUUAAUUCGGAAGCUCCUCGAACCAGCCGAGAUUCCCUCCACUGCUCCAGCGGAUACAGCACCCAGACCACUACGCCAUCCUGCUCGGAGGACACCAUUCCCUCGCAGCACGCGGUAAAGAAAGAACCUCCUCUAUAUGACUAUGACUACAUCUCUCUGCACGGAGGAGAGGACGCCCACAGCCAGUCUGAAUUUGAUAAAUCUUCCACGAUUCCUCGCAACAGCGACCUGAGUCUCAAUUACCGCAAAAUGUUUAUAAGCAAGAGGCCGGCGUCUACCGUCAGUCUGCUGAUGGAUCCCGAGCCUAUAGGACCCCACACGGCCACUAUCCGCCGGAAACCCUCCAGCAAGCCCAACAUCCGCCGGGGAACCAUCAGUGGAGGAGUGCCUAUACCCAUCUCCACACCACAGGUGCCGCUGAAGGCAUCUGUUUCUACCGCCGGCCUGAGCGGCAGCGAGGAGACCAUGGGCCCUCCUGGGGGGAUUCAGAGUAACCGGUUACCUGGCUCUGAUCUGGCUCACACCAGACAUAAUCUCUGCACGUCGACUCAGAGUCUGAGUGCAAUGCCGCCUCCGUACUAUUCCAUGUUCCCUGGCCAGCCACCAGUGGGCAGUGCAGAGCCGAUGUAUCAAAUGAAUAAGCAGCAGCAGUAUGCGAUGCACCAGCAGCAGCAGAGGCAGUACCAACAACAACAGCUGCAACACCAGUAUCAGCAACAACACAAUCAACAACUGUACAAUCACCUUCAGCAAUACAACCACGCGCAGGAGUCGCCGUAUCAGGAGAUACAGCAGAAACUCAAACGUCAGUGUCAGCAGCAGCAGAUUCAAAACGUGGCAGCGCAUAAUUCCAGCGUGCCAGUUGAAAGCGGGCAGCCCGGCGUGGACCAUCCCGACAGCGUUCCUGAUCCGGGCAGCGGAGGUGACAUGUUGAGUUUGAUCCGGAGAGGGGUCAAAUUACGUCGGACGCUCACCAACGAUCGUUCGGCACCUUUAAUCACCCCCAACCAUCUCAACUGAUUUCAUUUUUGUUGAAUUUGUCUGUGGCCUUUUAUGGUUGCUUUCUCUGUCUUUUCGCUUAGUGACUUUUUUUUCCGUGCCUUUUAAUUUGUGCAGUUUGCGUUGUUGUUGUUGUUGUUUUUUUUUAAGUGAAGGCAAAGCUGUUGACUAAAAGACGUUUGAUUUAACUACUCAGUGCUCGAAGAGCAAACGUUUUGCCGUGUCCUUGCCUCUCAAAUUACAGUUAAUUCUGCAGGCUGUUUCACAUAUAUGUAUACUUAUAAAUACAGAUAUAUAUGUAUUUAGAGAUCUUGAUCGAACGUCAGAGCUUAAGAUAUAUUAAAGUUAUUUGUUUGUCGUAUUCGCAGAGAUUAAGCACUCAGCCUUUCUGGUUAGAGAUCAAAACCUUCUGUAUAUAUUAGUGACACAAUUGAAAGACUGUUGUAUUAUUAUUCAUUUCGUUUUCUUGUUUGUUUUCGAAAUUAGACAAAGCAGCACUAGGCGUCUAUUUUUGUACAGUUUAGGGUAACAGAAAACUGCACCACUGCCUUUAAUCCGCCCAAUGACUGGAUGCGAAUGCAGCCAGUGAGAGAAGUGGAGGGAUGCGAUUGGGUGGAUGAAUGAAGGACUGGAAUAGUGGAAAUUAUUUGUGUUGCUUAUGACUGUGAGAGCUUACAAAGGCAUCACUGUGGUUAUUUAUUCAAUCUGUUUGAUUCUGAAUCAUUUUUAAUCGUUUGUUUACCAAAGCUCUAAUGCUGUAGCCCCGUAGAUGCGUAUAAACCUGCUCUCCUGGAGGAUUUGCUAUAAAGACUCAAUUCAUAAAACCUCAAA